UCAUUGGAUAUGAAGUCCGUUGAGAGAACACUUUCACGUGUUAAACAACAUCCGUGUUUGACCUACUCUCUCGGUCGAGAAAAGUGUUCCAGUUGAAAGUGAAAAACUACAGGUGUUGGUUCGAUCUCAAAAAGUGUGAUUCGAUUGCUCACCUCUUUAUUUGCAAAAAGUCAACAGGAAAAACUAAUCUGGGUCAACAAAUCCUCUUAAAAAUUGAAAAAGCUCACUUUUCCAAAUUUAUUCAAAGAUGCUUGAAAAACUCAAUGAGGGAUUUCAAUAUUUUCUUGACCAAGGAGAUCCCCGGGUUAAAAACUGGCCAUUAAUGCAGACUCCUUUUCCUGGCUAUGCCAUGAUAGCAGCUUACAUCUAUUUUGUGACAGUAGCUGGACCACGGUUCAUGAAAAAUCGACAACCCUAUCAACUAAACACACUUAUGGUCUUUUACAAUUUUCUAAUGGUCAUAAUUAACUUCGCUGUAUUCAUGGGAAUGGGAUGGUAUGGAUGGUUCAAUGAUUAUAGUCUUGUUUGUCAACCAGUCGACUAUUCUAAUGCACAUAAAGCUGUUAUGAUGGUGCGAUUUGGAUAUUUAUUUUAUUUAACGAAAUUUGUUGAGUUUUCUGACACGCUAUUUUUCGUCUUCCGCAAGAAAUAUAGUCAAAUAACAGCCCUGCAUGUCAUACAUCACAGCAUUGUUCCAUUCAGCUUAUGGUUUGGAAUAAAGUUCGCGCCAGGUGGUCACAAUUCCUUAUUUCCAUUGAUGAAUUCUUUUGUUCACGUGAUCAUGUAUUCUUAUUAUGGAUUAGCAGCUAUGGGAGAAAAGUAUAGGAAGUAUUUGUUCUGGAAGAAGUACAUGACCUACAUCCAAUUGCUUCAAUUUGUCGUUAUCAUCGUCCAUACAGCAUCUCUGGUCAUCAAUAAAUGUGAUUCUACAUACAUUUUCAUCUGUCUGAAUUUCCUACACGCUUUGCUAUUCUUUGGCCUUUUCCUCAAUUUCUUCUUCCAAACUUACAUGAAAAAAUCUGCCCACAAGUCUGCGCAAGCUAAGCUAUCGACAAAUUACAAGUCCACUGAAAUUAGCAAUGGUAAAUUGAUGGAAAAUGGCAACGGGAGUGCGAAGCACCGUCUUUCCUACACCUUUGAUGAUGGCAACGAUGAAAAUUCUAGAAUUUGUCAUGAAGCUCAACGUUGGCAAGAUUUGAAUGGCAAUUACAAUUCUGUUGUGAGCAAUGCAAAGGAACGUGACAGUCCCCUUGGUGAUAUAACAAACGGUAAAGUGAAGAGUACGUGAGACUUAUGAUGUACAUGAGACUGUACGCGAGAUUUGUAUAGGGUGUCCCAAAACAAACACAUGACUUACACUUAUAUCCGAAAACGACAAUAUAUAGAAUCGAUGAUAGUCAAUGUUUUGUCAUGCUCAGUAUGCUAGUGAUUACUUUCCAACUAGCAGCAAACUACGCAUACUCACAUUUUAUAGGAUCUAUUCAAUAAAUCUUAAUCUAUAACUCUUGGGUCAGUAAAGCUCGGUUAGUUAUUAAUCACAAUUAGUUGUAGACCUGACUUAUUUGCAAUUUACAUAACCUGGCCAAAAUCUGGUACAUACCUCAAAGUUUAAUAUUCUCAGACAGUCGGCAAUAAUUUU